CCUGGCCCCGCCCCUCUGGGUGGGCGUGAGGGCGAGGACGGAGGGAAGGUCGCGGCGGCUGAGGCGGCGCCUUUCCCGCCCGGGCCUGUCUAAGGGGGCCGCCGCCGCCGCCGCCUCCUCCUCUUCCAUGGCCGGAGUGGUGCGUUCCCUGGGCCGCUGCCUGUGGCCGGCGGGCGGCGGCGAUCUCGGGGUCGAGGCGGCGCCAGGGCCGCUGGAGCCGGGCAAGGAAGGCGGCCUUCCCCGGUCGCCGCCGUCCCCGCCGCCGCCGCCCCCUCCUCAGGUCUCUCUCCGCCGGCGGGAGCUGGAGCGCGAGGCGCGCCGCCGGAGCCGCGAGAUCGACGCGCUGCUAGCCCGCGAGCGCCGCGCCGUGCGCCGCCUGGUGCGGAUCCUGCUGCUGGGCGCCGGCGAGAGCGGCAAGUCGACCUUCCUCAAGCAGAUGCGCAUCAUCCACGGCCGCGAGUUCGACCAGAAGGCGCUGCUCGAGUUCCGCGCCAUCAUCUACGAGAACGUCGUGAAGGGCUGCAGGGUUCUCGUCGAUGCACGGGACAAACUGGGCAUUCCUUGGCAGUACGCGGAAAACGAGAAACAUGCCAUGUUCCUAAUGGCCUUUGAAAAUAAAGCAGGCAUGUUCAUUGAGCCCUCCGUGUUCCAGUUGUAUGUACCAGCUCUGACAGGCCUGUGGAGGGAUUCUGGGAUCAAGGAAGCCUUCAGCCGUCGAAGUGAAUACCAGCUGGGUGAAUCAGUAAAAUAUUUCCUGGAUAAUCUGGAUCGGAUUGGCCAGUUGAAUUAUUUCCCCAGCAAACAAGACAUCUUGCUGGCUAGGAAGGCCACCAAAGGGAUCGUGGAGCACGACUUCAUCAUUAAGAAGAUCCCUUUCAAGAUGGUGGACGUGGGCGGGCAGAGGUCUCAGCGCCAAAAGUGGUUCCAGUGCUUCGACGGCAUCACCUCGAUCCUCUUCAUGGUCUCCUCCAGCGAAUACGACCAGGUCCUGAUGGAAGACCGGCGCACCAACAGGCUGGUGGAGUCCAUGAACAUCUUCGAGACCAUCGUCAACAACAAGCUCUUCUUCAACGUCUCCAUCAUCCUCUUCCUGAACAAAAUGGACCUCCUGGUGGACAAAGUCAAGACGGUCAGCAUCAAGAAGUAUUUCUCGGACUUCAGGGGCGACCCUCACCGCCUGGAAGACGUCCAGCGCUACCUGGUCCAGUGCUUCGACCGGAAGAGGCGGAACCGCAGCAAGCCCCUUUUCCACCACUUCACCACCGCCAUCGACACCGAGAACAUCCGCUUCGUCUUCCACGCGGUGAAGGACACAAUCCUCCAGGAGAACCUUAAGGACAUAAUGUUGCAGUGAGCGGAAACGGGAUUCCACCCCAGGGGAAACCUGACCCCGUUAUAGGCCAAUCUGUCAGCACUUGGGUGUUUCUUCCCUCCGAGAGAUCCACGCUGUGCCUUGAAGUUAGGAAAGCUGGGAAGCAGAAGUAGAAGAAUUGCAGAAGCUGAAGCGCGUUUUCUGCCUCGCUCCUCAACCCAAGAGCACAACUGAACCCAUAAGAUUUCCUCUCGGCUUUUGAAAAAGCCAAAGUUGUUGGGAAACGCAACAGAGGCGUCUGUGUGAAUUAACCUUAUUCUGCAAGAGUGCCAGAACCUUCUGGCCUUCCAUACCUGUCAGCCUUAAAACUAGUUUUGGGUGCUGAAAUAAUGAAUCCGGUUAUAUAUAUUUCAUUUCUUCGCCGAGGGUUCUUUUUAAGACAAUACAUGGCAAAUACAGGGUCAUAAUUCCAAGGUCAGUACAAUAGUGGCCCAAAUUGUGGAAAUCUUUUGGGAAAAAGUGUACAGUAAUUUUGAGGUUUGAUGGCUAAUAAUACCACUUUUUUUUUUUGGAGCAGUACCAUGCAAUUAUAUAUCAAUGAAAAGAUAAUUUAAUCAAGAAUGUAAUGCAACGAACAACAGUUUGUUCAAUUAUCUGUAUUCAGUGAAAUGAUAUAGCCAAAUAACCAGAAAAAAAAGGAA